AUGUAUAAAUUAAAUGCGAUACAAGGACAUUCAUUUUUAAAUUUUUAGGCUCCCUUAAACUACUUUUAAAAAAAGAAACUCUUCUAACUGGCAAAUGAAAUAAAACCAAGAAAGAAAGAUUCUCUUGGGAGAGUAGUAAUAUCGUAGUCUCUUUCAAAAAGUUUUUGGUUUAGAGAUUACAAUUCAGGGAGAUCAAUAAAUAAAAGAUUGAAAGAGGAUCGUCCCAAUAAUCAUAGAAUACAGAAUCCAAUUUAUUUUAAGAGGAGAGAUAUUCAAGAAUAUUUACAAAACUACACAGCAAGAGCUUACACAUAAAAUCCAUCGAGAAAAUGGAGAAAAUAUCGUAAUUUGAUGUUAGAUCACAAUACUCAUAUAUAGAUGUCAAGAGAGUAAAUAAAAUAAAAAUUUUAAGAGACUCUAAAUUUAUUGAUUCCUAAUAAAUAAUUUUCACCUCCAAAGAGUAAACGUGGCUCUUUCAUGAAUUAGUUAUAAUAACAAUUAUUGUUAGAUCUUCGAACAAGUUAACAAUCAAAAAUUAAUCGUUUAAGUAGGUAAGCAUCAAAUAGAAAAGAUGAAAGUAUGAAAUCAUUCGAUAGACAUUUUUAAGAUAUUAAUUGUGGAUAAAGUAAUUUUAAUAAUUCCUAUGUUCAAGAGAAACUUAUAUCAUCUAAUUAGAUCACUCCUAGGAAUAGAUUCUUAAAAGAUUGUUUUAGAUUAUAUGGAAUCGAUUCAUAAAUUCAAGCACCAAAAAAUAAAUUAAUUUUUACAGAUUCUGUUCAAUUAGUUGAAUCCUUAGAAACUAGAUGUGAUAAAAAUGAAGGUAUCUAAAAUUAUCGUGAGAAAUCCAAUUCAAAGUAGAAUAAUUUAUUAAACUUAAUAAAGAAAUAAAGAUAAAAGAACAUAUAAACCAAGAUAGCAUCUCCAAAGUAUCUUAGAGUAAAUAAUUCAAAUCCUAAAGAUAACAAAAUUAUUAAUAUUUAUUUUCCAUCUCUCAAAAAAUACAAUGCAAGAGAUCUUUCUUGA